AUGGCGGACUCGGGAGUCUCAGCUCCGUCUGCGGAUAUAAAAGCGCCUUCUGAGCUUCCUCCCUCCCCUUUGCCCCAGAAAGAUGAGCAUGUCUCCCCGAAAUUAUCCCAUCCCCUCGACGAAAACGACGACUCUUUUUCUCCUCGCGCCUCGAAAAAGCGACGUCUGGAAUCCGAACCAGGCGACCUCACUCUCCCCGCACCGCAACAUGGACUGGGAGACCAGAUCCCAGGAAAUCAGAUUGAAGAGGAAUUGGCAUCGGCUUUGGGGACUGGUGUAGUUGGCACGGUGGAGACCCAAGAUGACAACAAACAUGGUCUGAUCAAUAAGUCUGCAGAGGCUGCUGUGGCACCAGAGACUAGCCAGGAGGAAAUCGACACAGAUAUGGCAACAGUAAUCUCGAACAUUAUGAAUCAUGCAGAACGGGUAGAGGAGCAAUGUGCUAUUGACCAGCAGCAAAUGGUAAACAACUCCGACCGAUCGACACCGAAGGGCAUGGUGUUUGUGAAGGCGAAUUCUCACCUUAAGACUCAGAGUUUACCUAUCUUGGACAAUCUGUCGACGCAGAUUCUAUCCCUACUGGCCAAGUCGACUUACCAGGACAUCACCUCAUUCGUCUCUGAACCGGAGUCAGAAAAUGGACAAGCGUAUGCGACCAUGCGUUCACUCUUUGACCACACCAAGAAGGUCUACUCGACCAAGAAAUCGUUCCUAUCUGCGAUCGAACUGGACCUCACGGAGUCUUCUCAAGUUGAUAUCAUCAGGAAGGCCAAUUUAGCGUCGUUUGUGUCUAGCAUCUUUGGCACCCAGGAAAUUGGUUUCUCUGAAUUAAAUGACAACUUCCUCGACGUAUUCGUUCCAGAAGGCGGUCGUUUACUCAAGGUACAAGGCGCCUUGUUCCUGGAGCUAAAGACGCAAGCGUUCAUCGCCUCGAUGAACACCACGGAGCGAUCAAGAACAGAGAUGCUCUAUGAUCUGUUUCCUGAUGAUCUGGAGCAGCGUCUGCUCGACAGGCGUUCUGGGACCCGCCAGCUAGCCCCGAGCGAAACUGAUUUUGUGAAGCGUGCUGGGUCACGCCGUGAUAUCCUCCUGAACGACAUCAAUAAUGAAGAGGCGAUGAAAGCUCUGCCCGAUAAAUAUCAUUGGGAAGAUUUCCUUAGAGACCUCAGCUCAUACAUUACCAAGAAUUUUGACGCUAUUAGCAACCAACAGAAGGCGACCAAGGGACGACAGCCAUCUUCGUCAAGUGGCGAUGCCCCAGAGACCUCCAGCGCACCUCUCCAGGGUCAAUUUCCGGUGGCUGCACCGACUCAUGAUGUUCCCGUCGACAGAAAUAUGCAUGGAGAUCUUGUUGCUCGUGCAGCUCGCGCAGCACAGAUCGCACUGCAGGGCCAUGGGUUGAGACGAUCCCAGCAGCAAAACCAGCAGCAGAAUUCGCAACCACAGCAGCCCGCACAACCGCAAUCGCAGCAGCAACCUCAGUCACAGCCACAGCAUUCGGCCCAACAGUCUCAGCAGCCACAGCAACACCAACAGCAACAGUUGUCCCAGCCUGGGUCUCAUCAGGGUACACCUAUUCCUCAUGGAUAUUCGGCGGCACAGCCAGCCAGUCAACUUCCUCCACAAGCUCCUCCCCAAGACCACUACCAACCUAGCCCGACGCCUUCAGGAUAUCAACAAUCGCCAGGGAUUACGUUCCAGCAAAGCCAUCUCCAGCAGAAUUUCCAGCAAUACAGCCAUCAGACUACUCCUAUGCCUAUGCCGGGAAGACCCGCCUCAGCCGCCGCCAACCAUGGCUACAUGCCUGGCAUCCCUCACUAUUCACAAUCCCAGCCUACACAGGUCCUCUACGAACGUGCCCGUAUGGCCGCAUCGGCAAAAGCCUCGCCAAGCAGCCGUAAGUCCGGUCUACCCAGUCAGCGACGACCUUGGACCACCGAGGAGGAGAAUGCUCUAAUGGCCGGACUUGAUCGGGUGAAGGGCCCCCACUGGAGCCAGAUUCUAGCCAUGUUCGGCCCGGGGGGCACCAUCAGUGAAGCGUUGAAGGAUCGAAAUCAAGUUCAGCUCAAGGACAAGGCGCGCAACCUGAAACUCUUCUUCCUAAAAAGUGGGAUCGAGGUCCCCUACUAUUUGAAGUUUGUCACCGGCGAGCUCAAGACGCGCGCACCCGCUCAGGCAGCCAAGCGGGAAGCACGGGAGCGCCAAAAAAAGCAAGGUGAAGAGGACAAGGCCCAUGUGGAAGGAAUCAAGGGAAUGAUGGCCCUUGCCGGAGCGCAUUCUCAGCAGGUCGCAUUAGGGCAUGGCCACGAUGCCAUGGCGUCACCAGGUCUGGUUCCGGACCCUGGCAGUCAUGCCCAUGCAGCAUUUGACCAAACCGCAGAGCAGAACCUGAUGCAGACUCUUGGUCAAGAAGUUCAUGGGGACCAAUUUGGACAACACCAGCAUCAACACCACCAACAUCACCACCAGGAUCAUGUCGAUCCAAAUAUGCGGGUUACGCAGUAG